ACGGACUCGAACGCAACCAGAGCCUGCGCAACUAGUUAUUAGAAGCAAGGCUUGCGGUGCAUGACGUCCACGUCCCUGCUAUUUGCACUUUCUCAAAAGCCCACUCGGCAUGGUUCGAUCAGAUGGGCCCAUGUCACGUCUCUGCAAUAUGUCUCGUUUGUUCAUUUCUUGCUACUUGUCUUUUUACAACAAUAUUUGCAAAGCAUGUCUGGCGUUUAGGAAGCGAAGUGUGUAAUUGUCUAGAUGGAAGCGUAGUCUUUGGCGUCUGGAUAGGAUGGAGUCAAGGGCAGAAUAGUUUGUUGAUGUUGGCUGGGAUUGUAUGCUAUCUGGAUACAGCACAUCAGCGACCAGCGAACAGCAAACAGCGAACAGAGAUCAGAUGAAUCACAAACACAAGCAAUGCAAAGUGACUUGAG